AUGAACUCUGAGCUUGGUUGGAUCAUCAUCUUCUGCAACGGCACCAUCACCACCACUGAUGAUGGGGAGUUUACCAAGAUCUCCACCAGACAGGAUAUGCUCCAAUUGCUUGUCGACUCGACCAACGUCUUUGUCAAGCGUGUGUGGAUAACGCGAGGGCUGAAGCCAUCAAUUGAAUCAUAG